AUGGGUCCAAGAUUGUUGCAGACCUAUCGUCAGCGAUUAGCAGCCUGCGCCAUGAACUAUCAAUUAUCUGUAGAUGACGUCGUGGCCGCGAAUGAAGACGGUACAUUGACGGAUGGAAGUAUGGCAGAGAUGGUUCGGCACAAGUACGCAAGAGAAAGCAAUCUCUACUCAGGAGCAGGAGUGCGAGAGAGUGCUCGACAGUACGCUAGACUUCCGGCAAUCGCACGGGCUCGUUCCGUAUCUCAAAUCCAAGCGCAUAUCGCAAAUCGAUUGGGCAGUCUCAGUUGUAGUCAGGUUUCCCUUAUCCCAACAGAUCAAUUCCGAUCUAGUGUUGGGGACCUCGGCUUUGUUUCAGGAAGGGCAGAUGUAGGCCGAACAUCAAGUAUGAAUGAGCUUAACGCUGUUGAGCAAAAACUCUCGGCCUCCAGCACUCAGAGUUUGAACGCUUCCAAGUGUAUCUCCUCCCUGUUGAAUCCCCUCAGAUGGUCUCGGAGGAAUAUCGAUGAAACUACCACACAGCAACCAAUGCAUCGCACUGUCUCUCGAAAGGGUCCAGCUGCACGGAAGUGCAAUCGGUCUUCAGGAAAUCUCCAUCGACCUCACUCAAUAUCCCCUUCAUCUUCUGUCUUCUUCCUUCCACCCGCUAAUGGCAAUGAAAGUGCUCGAACUUCUGCCGCAGUGGAAGAUGACAUCAUGACAUCAUCUCAGCACAACCUCCAGGAUCCACUGACUCAGUCCCAGACGCUUCAGGUACCAGCUACUCCCAUGUUAAUCAAUAAUUCAGUUCAACACCAACAACGAGGCACCCCAUUGAUGUCUCAUUCUCCUAGACGCUCUGACCACUUUGCUGGAAUUCGACCCCAGCUCCUGCCCUCCCAACUAUCACCUGUAGCAUUUUGA